GAGCAGGACACCAAACGCGGAGGCUGACAUAUCCUGUGUGGCCAGGAAGUGUGGCUACUUGGGCACCAGGAACCCAGGCUAUAGAACCUAUAGCUUUUCUAACUUUUCCCGGCCAAGGUGUGCGUGUGCGCGAGUGUGGGUAUCCUGGCUGUUGCUGCUGCUCCUACGGUGUUUGCUGUGUGCGUGUGCGUGUGUGUGCGUGUGCGUAGCCGUGUUGUUGGCCAAACAAAAGUCAGAAUAAGUGACGAGUAAAUUUAUAACCGCGCGCUUAACACACGCUACCUGAAAAUAUACAUUUCCCAUCAAGUACUACUCUCACUUUAAACCAAAAAUUACAAAUUGUUUAGACGCGCAGAACUCCAGCCACGCAGCCCGAUUUCAAAUCGAAAGCCAAAAACCGAAUGCACAUCGACGGCGCACAACAAAUCGAGCAGCACGAUGCCAACCCAAUGCUGAUGAUGAUUUAGAUGGCAAAGGAUCUGGAAUCGUGGGUGUAGCCAAAGUCGAAUUCCCGAAUCCGAGUCUGUUUGUGAAACUGAAGGCGGUGGCGGCUGAACGGAAAUGAAAUCAAAUCGCACAGGAGCAGCUGCAGCCGGCGGCAAUAACACCGUUUGUGAGUUAUGGCCAAUGUUAAUUAAAAGCCAAGUGCGCAACUAGAGCUGCACAUAAAUCAAUCCCCGCAUCGAGAGUUGGCACAACAUGCAGAACUGGCAUGCCAAUAUACCAAUAUACCCCUGUCAAUGCCUAUUUACAUGGCCAGUGAAAAAUGGCCAGCAGCCGAGGAGAGAGCAAAUAAUACCUGGCCAAGAGAAACGACAGCAAUCCAAAUCGAAAUGACUUAAAGCGGCUUACAGCAGCGGCCAGCCAAACAAAGCGAACAUUACGUAUUCGCACCGUCCAACACGGCGGAUGCAUGAUUAAUUGCACUUUAAACACACAAGCGAAGCGAACGAGUAACGAGUAAUUUUCAAUCAAAGAAGAAAGCCAGUGAACAAAAAAACAGCUUCAAAAUGUUGCCAACAAAUGUGAUGUCAUUCAUGAAAAAGAUGGUGGCCACCGACGAGCAGCCCAGCGAACGGCAGCAACAUGCAGCGGACUCCGGAGGAGGCGCCUCCCAAACGGGCGCCCUCAACAAGAUGAAGGCUACGAUUUCCUCCUCGCUGCUCACCGUCACAGAUAAAGUUAAUAAAAUGUCGCCACGCCCCUCGCUGGUGCCGACGGAUGCGGAUACCAGCGGCAGUUACGGCUCGCCCAGCUAUCAAAGCCAGCAGCAGCAACAGCAGCAGCAGCAGGACUACGGCAGCAGUCUGAACAACAACAAUAACAACAGCAGCAGCGGCGGCACGGCCACGACGGGCGGCGGGGGAGGCGGGGCGGCGGCCAAACAGGAGCCAGGACGAAGGGCCGGCGCCUGCCGGGUGUGUCUGAAGUCCUUCAAGCCGGACGACUACCACAAGACGUGCUUCGAGUGCCAGCAGCGGGUGUGCGAGGACUGCGCCAGCUACAGCAAGCUGGACGAGCACGAGGAUGCGACCAUGUGGCGCUGCAGCGUGUGCCGCCGGAAAAUGGCAUCGCGCGUGUGCAUUCCGCAGGACUCGACGGACUCGAUGCUGGACGUCCCGGUGCUGGAGGCACUGCAGCGGCGCCACUCGGACGCCAAGCUGGGCAGCAGCACCCAGACCCUGGCCCCCAGCAAUGGAGCAGCACUUGCCCCGCCGCGAAGUCCCGAGCUGCGACGCCACUCGGAUGUGUCGCCUGCCUCGCUCAAGGAGUUGGAGCGGCAACUGAAAGGUGGCCGCAGCAUGGCGCCCAGUCGCUCCAACAGUCCGCCGCGGGGCGAGGGCCCGGAUGGACAGCCCCCCUUCGGUGCGCCUCUGUCGCGCAUGCAGUCGCGCAGGGGGUCGCGGGUGGCGCGGCAGCACAGCUACGAUGACGACAUGAAGACCGGACCCGUGGGCGGCAGCAUGGGCGGCGGUGGUCCGGCGCUGGGCCUGGGUGCGGAUGGAGCGGGCCUCGGCAUUCCGGCCAUGCCACGCAGGAAGUCCGCCUACGAUGUGUUUGCCCCCGGGCUGACGCAAGGUGGUGCCACACCUGCCACGCAGCUGCAGAGGUCGCCCGGCGAGGGCGGCAUCAUGCCGCCCAUCCAGCUGCCCGGAUCCAGGCGACCCUCCUUCCGGGUGCCACAUCCCUCGGAGGACAUCCAGAACGACGACUCGCCGGGCUCGCCGGACAAGGGCAGCCCCGUCCUCACCGUCGACGAUGACCGGCGGAUGCGGCGACGCGGAUCGCAGCUACCCGAUAUAGCCAUGCUGCAGAAUCGUGGUGCCCUGCCGGCGGUUCCGCCCUCCUCGAUUCCGCCGCCCAUGGCAUCAUUUACGGGCCCCAAUCUGGAGGAUUUGGAGGCGCCGCGACGGCAAACAUCAAUGGACGGCGAGGCCAUACGGAUCGUAAUUCACGACGUGGACUCGGGGCCGAUUUGUGCAUCUAAGCGGCGCAUCAUUCUGCGCCGGGAUCCCACGGACAAGGCGCACCGCACACGUGGCUUUGGAAUGCGCGUCGUCGGCGGAAAAACCGGAGCCGAUGGCCGUCUCUUCGCCUACAUUGUGUGGACCGUUCCAGGAGGAGCGGCCGAGAAGAACGGCCUGCAGCAGGGCGACAAGAUACUCGAGUGGAAUGGAAUGUCGCUGAUCGACCGAAGUUUCGAGGAGGUCUGCUCCAUCAUGGACCGAACUGGAGACGUUGUGGAGCUGCUGGUGGAGCAUGCCACGGACUUCCGGAUGUGCGAUCUCUUCGAUGAGAACCUGCCGCCCGGCAAUGCUGGCGGUCAAAGCGGACCUCGCAGAUCCGGAGACGGUCCUGUUGGACUGGGCCUCAUAGCGGAACCCGAAACUACCACAGACAAAUCACCAGCAUCGCCAACAAGACGGAAAUUACCAAAAACUCCGGAGCAAAUUGCCCGCGAGAAGCUGGUCACCGGAAGGGUCCAGAUCCAGGUUUGGUACCAUGCCGAGCGCAGCGAGUUGGUCGUCUCCCUGAUGGCCGGCGAUGACCUGGCACUGCGGGAUGAGGCCUACGGACACGGCAAUCUGCCCGAGGCGUACGCCAAGGUCCGCAUUCUGCCCAAAUGCGGCGAUGGCUGCGUGCAACAAACGGAGGUCAGCCGACCCACCCAGAACCCGAUUUGGAAUGCUACACUGACCUUCGGUCAUGUGAAGGCCGACACCUUGAUGGAUCGCUACAUAGACAUCCAGCUGUGGGACCUGGUGCCCCACACCGAGUCCAUUUUCCUGGGCGAGUGCAGCAUCGAGCUGCAGCAGGCCUUCCUCGACGACCAGGCCAUCUGGUGCCGCUUGGAGGACACCAAAGGGCUGCGUGGCAUCAGCAUCAGCAAGUCGCCGAGUGUCUCGCCACGUGGCUCCAUUGCAGCCGGAGCAGGUGCACCCAGUGGCGAUGUGACGCGGUUGCUGCGUCGCGACUACAAUAUGCAGCGGUCCAACUCCGAUGACGUAGACUCCAUCGGAGAUGGAACUUCACUGCUGCAUCCGGAUCACGCGUGGAUAGCUGGCUCGCGACGCGGUUCAUCCCAGUCGGAAACCAUGGAGGUGGAGGUCUACCAGCUGGGCAAGGACUUCUCGCGCUCAUUGCCGGGUUCGCGUCGAUCGAGCUUCCAGGAUGCCGAAAAGAAUCGGCUGGAGGAGGACGCCAUGGCCACGCCGCCCACCUCAUAUCUGGUGGGCCGGCGCCGUUCGUCCGUGGCUCGGCGCGAUCCGGAUGAGAUCUUGAAAUCCUUGAAGGCUGUCCGCGGUGAGCUGGGGCGCACCAUGAGUCUGGGCACCGAGCAGCACAAGCGCAUGGGAUCGAGACGUGCCAGUCGCGUUGGAUUGCCGAGCGGACCGAGUAGCCGCAAGAGUUCCGUCUUGGACUUGUCGCAGCAGCAUCAGCAGCAGUUGCAGCAGCUGCAGCAGUUGCAGUUGCAGCAGCAGCAAUACCUGCAGCAGCAGCUGCCCAUGGGAGUGGGCAAUGCCGACACCAGUCCGCCGUCCGAGGACGAGGAUAAGCGGUACAGGCCGCGCUGGAAGGGAUCGGGCAGCCAGUUGCCGCCGCAGAGUCCCAAGCAGGUGCUCUCCCGGCUCAAGCAGGCCGCAUCCGCGUCGAAUGUGGCCCAGGACACGCAGCGACAGGGCCAACUGCUGGCCACCAAUCCGCUGCAGCAGCGCAAGAGCAGCGUGUUCCAGCUGGACGAGUCGCAGGCGUCGCCUCCACCGACCACCACCACCCACUUGCAGCGAAAGGGCAGCGUGUACGUGGCCAAGGUCACCGAGACGCCGCCCCUCGGCACGCCUACCCGCAAGGGCAGCGUCUAUCAGAGGAGCGGCGUGGGCUUGGGAGUGCAUAGCCCCGGAGCAGAUAGUCCGCAGCGGAAGCAGUCCGUGUGCAAGACCCUCAGCGGCAGCUAUGUCAACAUAUGCCCCCUCACGGGUGGCGAGUCCAGCUAUGGCCUGAAGCUCGGCCCCUCGCAGAUCCAUCCCAAGGGUUACCGCCUGACCACCGCGAGGUACGGCGAGCUCAAGAUGGGAUUCCUGAAGAUCAAGGGCAACGUGGAAGUGGAGCUUAUCUGCGCCCGUAACAUUGUCAACGAGGACUGCGAGACUCCGCCGGAUACGUACGUGAAGUGCUACAUCAAGGACGGGGACCGCCUGCGCCACAAGAAGAAGACGCGCGUGGUGCGCCACGCGGCGGAGCCCCUCUACCGCCAGACCAUUAAGUACCAGAGCUCGGACGUCUUUGGCCGCAACAUCGUCAUCAUGGUGUGGCAGCGGUGCGUGGGCUUCGAGCACAACCAGGGACUGGGCGGCACGGAGGUGAACCUGGACAAGCUGAGCAUCGGCCAGCCGAUCAACGGAUGGUACCCGCUGUUCCCGAUGCACAGCUACGGAGGCUCCGACUCGGACAACUCUCCCUGACCGAACAACCCGGUUGUCGCAGUCCACAUGCAGUGCCGGAAUCGACUGGAGUCGGACGUAAUCGGAGUGCCACUGCAAGCUCAAUUUGUUAGCGCCUAAGUUAUGGACACCAUAUACGCAUAGAAUGUUACCCAAGAUAUCCCUAUCCCCUAAUCCCCUGUAUGUAUUAGUCAUAGUUAAAUGAGCUUAGCAUUUUAGGCUGGCAGGUGCAAUCGGGUCGGGUUAUGUUACACUAAAUACUUUAUUCGUGGUGAGAGAGCUUUGUAAGUAAGGGUACACAGAUAGGAUGCACCAGGAUGCACUGCACCAGGAUGGGGAAUACGAGUACCCACGUCAGACAGCACAAUAAUUGAGGAAUCGCAGUACCAGAGGCAUAUUUACUCGCGUUUAUAUAUUUUUAUACCCGUUACUCGUAGAGUAAAAGGGUAUACUAGAUUCGUUGAAAAGUAUGUAACAGGCAGAAGGAAGCGUU